UUGCACAUUUUUUCAAAAUGGCGACGUCCGAUGUUGGAAAAGUAUCAAAACAAUGUCAGACAUCAGCAAUGUCUAUGAUGGGAGACAUCUCCGACUUUUUCGAGAAUCAGAUGCAAGCAUUGUAUACACUGAGUGAUAGUAUGAUUGCAAUGAACAGCUCUAAGGAGUAUGUGUCAAUGAUUAAAAUGAAUGGGAAAUCAAUUCCACCCCCACUGAUGACAGAGGAUAAGAUUGAAGAAAUGCGUAAAUAUAAAAAAUUAGCCAUGGAACUUGAAGCUAAACUACAUGAAGAAAGAAAAAAGAGGCUUGUAUCCAAAGUACAGGCUAUUGUAGAUUCAAUUGAGGAAAGAAUAACACCAAUACCACCACCCAGUGAGACUGUUACUCCAGAAUGUAGCCCGGUAUUACCCGAGGAAUCAUUUACAUCGCUUGCAGUUGACAGUGUUUUGGGAUCAUCAUAUAACGAUACAUCCAGAGAACAAGCUGCUUCAACUCCUAUAGAAAGUCCUGAAUCUAAAGUAAAUGAUGAUGUCAGUGGCAAAGAUUCAGGUUUAGGUGAUCAAAUUUUACACCUGGAUGCUACUGAUGACAUGAUCUAUCGUUCUGCGAGUACCGGCAGUAGCAGUGAUAUUAGUGAAUUGAACAGGACAGUCAUUGCUGUGAAUGAUAGUUGUGAUAGUAUUUCUAGCUCUGCUGGCUCAACGAAUACAGUUACUGAAAGGGAAGAUAGUACGACUAAGGUAUUACCAUCUGUUCAGGAUAUAAAUGUAGAUCAACUUUCGCAAGAGGACAUUUCUGAACAGGUAGAGUAUGUUGAUCCUGAGUUGAAGUCGCAACCGAAUGUGCUAGAAGAUGCAAACCAAAUGGAUGCACCAGCUACUGAAGAUCUUCAACAUGAUGUUCCACCACCUAGCGAUUCAGAAUCUCUUCUGAGUUUGCUUGGUGAUUAUAACCCACUGCCAACUCCCACCCCCACCACACUUGAUGAUGCCCCCAUUGAGCCACAUUCAAAAGCAUUCCCAGUUCCAGCUGAAAGCUUAUCUCCUCAGCCAGCUGCUGAACAUACCGAGAAAUCUACAGCAAAAACAAUAGACGCUGUAAAACAUUAUGAAGAUAGAGAUUUGUUGAGUACCGGCAGCACAGAUCAACUGACUUUCGGUUCUGCUGCUCAGUCAUGUUCUUUGCCUGUCAGCUACAUCACAGAGAGCACAGAUACUUUAAGAGAUAUACACGAAUCCGUCAUUGAUGAAUCAACAGAAGUGUAUGAUAGCAGGAGAGUUAGAGGUGCACCAGUAGGCCAAGAAGUGAGUGGCGACGUUCCCUUAGUGGCAUCUAGUAGCAGUAGGGAAGAGGAAUCACCUCCAGAGUGUCGAAGACGUAGAGGAUCAUACACUUUAGAUGAACCCUCACCAGCCUUAGUCAAAGCACAAUCAGAUCAAGAUGUAUCUGUAGAAUCUUUGAGAAACCUUUCCGCCAGGAGAAGUCUGGAAUUUAGUGGUGAAGAGAACUUGAAGACUCCUCAUUCAGCUGAGAGAACAGAAGCAAAAAAACCUCUGAGAAAAGGGAAAAGUUACCACGCUAGUAUAGAAAAACCUGCGAAAAUUUCACAAGAACAUUAUGUUGUUCUGAGAAGCCCACCUUCAAGUCAUUCCACUCCAGCCCCUGCUGGACAAUUGGGGAUUGCUCCAACAUUUUCAAGACCAUUAACCAGAUGUGAUCCAGUGACAGAGCCAUCAGAAUCAGUGAUGGGCGUCCCAAGCCAACCUGUAUUGAGACCUGCUACAACUGGAUAUCCGGUGCUAAACCAAGAAGAACUGUUACUGCAGUUCCAACAACAACAGAUGGAGUAUUUUGAACAGCUUCGCACACAGUUGUUUGAGCAACAGAAACAACAACUAGAACAAUUACUGUUGCAACAGAAUGAAGAGCAGGUCGUGUUACAAAUGGAAUUGGAAGAACAAGAGAGAAAAUACCAAGAAGAACAAAGGAAAGUGAUAGAGCAGGUUACAAUACAGCAUGAGAAAACUGAAAACCAGGAUUGGUUGGAGAAAGUGAAAGUGCUGAGACAUUUGGAAGGAAGGGAUGAUAGCGAUGUGGAGAGUAGACAUUCUUCUCAGUCAACUCCUUGUGAUAGUUUAGAAGACAUCGGUGGCAGUACUACGAGUGGUAGACCCCAUACUUCAGAGUCAUUACAUAGACGUCAACCAUACUAUUUUGAUGUCGCAGAUACCAGUACUGCAAGUAUUAUCAGCUCGCCUCAACUGAAUAUGUCUAACAGUCCAAGGAUGGUUGCCUUGAUGAGAAAAGCAACCUCCAGAGAUAUGAAACAUAAAUAUGAUUUAAUGUCAGCUACAGUCAAAGGGUAUCUUACAAGGAGACUACUAAAGACUGAGAAAGUGCAAGAAAUUGUCAAAACACUCACGGAUACAUAUCGUUUUGUGUAUUCCUUUCAAGAAGAGACACCAGUCAAGAGGGGGAACCUGUCUCCGCAAGAUGUCAGACUAGCUGAAAGAGUCAUUGCUCAGUUGAGAGCGGCACUUCUUGACAUGCAUGAAAUCUUUUUUGAGAUCUCAACUCAGGAAAGAAUGGCAAUUAUCUAUUUUGAUAGAUUAUUAAAAGAAGAGAGACGUCUCAAGAAACAGAAACCGGAAUUGAACAAAAAAGUAUCCGCAGCAACUAAAAAGGUAAUGGAAAGGCGGAAACAGAUUCAAACUGGUAACACAAGUACCAAAGCAGUGACAAGUCGACCUAAGACAGCACCACCACCAGUCACAUCUACUGCUAUGAAAAAGACAACAUUUGAUGCAAGAGUUUUAAAACCAAUUCAGGGUGUCGAGUCACCACGCAGACCAAAUGAUAAUCAAUAUAGGGCUUCUAAAUACAGCUCCAAUAAAGAAGGAAAGCGUCCCAAGACUGCACCGCUAGAGAGAACUAGAAGUAAUCCAGUUGUACAGCCUGUGGCUAGUAAGAAGAGUUCAGUGACUGUUACCCAGAAAGGUGCAAGAAGGAGUUUGUAUCCACUCUCCACUGUCAGUAGCAAAGCUAGACCUAAAUCACCUAGGGGAAAGACUACUAAAAGAAAAGUUUGAAAAACAACAACAUAAAAGGACUUGGCAGCACAAUCACUGUUUUUAUUUCUAAAAAAAAAAAAUUUCCUUCAUCCCAACAAAAUGAAAACUUCUUGCCCAUCCUCUUUCAUUGAUCUGGUAUGUGGCGCCCUCUAUGGCCAUACCACUUCAACUUCUUGUACAGAACUUAUUAUGUAAUGUAUAUAGUUAUUUGAAUAGUCUUAAUAUUUGUCGUCAUUAUAACUUUGUUCUUGUUUUCACUCUUUUUAUACUGCCAUUUCUAAGCAUGCGAGACAAAAUGAAUUGUGAAUGUUUGGUGCUUUAUUCAAGUGUGCCUUCCAGAAGUAUUAAAAACCAUGUAUUGUAUGAAAAAGUUUUUGAUUUGUAAAUAUAUAUAUAUUGCUGUAAUAUUAAAAACUACACUAUGAAAUGUA